AGGCGCGCGCGGGCGGGCGGGCGGGCAGCGGCUCUCGGGGUUUGCGGGGCGCGGGCCGGGCCGGGCCGAGCAGCGCCCCCUCGCGGCGGCCGCGCCCCCCGCCUCCCGCCGCGGCCGGGUCCGCAGCCCCGGCCCCUGUCCGCCGUGGCUGGCCGCACCCCGGGCCUGGGUUUGUGCACCCGAAGCCCUUCGCUGGGGCUGCCCAAGCUCGAGGUCAGCCCCACGCCGCCGCGCCGGGCCUUGACGGCGCCGGCUCGGGGAGGCUUGGUCCGCGCCCGCCCCGGCCCCCCAGGAGUGGGAGCGAGGCUUGACCUGCGUGGUCCUUGUCGGGUUUUGCCCACGCCCCAGGCCGAGUUUGUGCCCCCCAAACACGGCCCCUGGGACGGAGACGCCUUCAAAGCCGGCCUCCUCCGCGACCCGGACCCCUCCAUUGGGUCGCCCCCCGGCCCCACGGCCCACGCCCCGUGGUGCACCCGUGUCCAGAUGUGCACCCGGGGGCCUGCUGGUGCUGCCCGCGGGGUCCUGGGGCGGCCUGGAGCCCCCGGCGCGCCGCCGGAGCGCAGGGUGUGAGCCGCCACUGAGGACCGCGGAGACGCCGGAGCCUGGCCAGGGAAUGCCGGGGGUCCAGCCCCGCGCAGCAGCCCAGGCUGGGCCGGCGCCGCACGGGACCGCCAGGGCCAAGGCCUGAGCGCCCUGCAGCUGGGGCCCCGGGCGCAGGGAAGGAGGCAGCAGGCCGGCCGGGGCGGCCUCUGGCCCGGCCAGCGCCCCUCCCCAUGGCCUCCAGGCAGGCUGCUGUUGAGGGCCGGGGCGGGAAGCGGAAGCGCGUGGUGCUGACGCUGCGGGAGAAGAUGGACGUCUGCUCGCGCCUGGAGCGCGGCGAGAGCCGCAAGGCGCUGAUGCAGGAGUACAACGUGGGCAUGUCCACGCUCUACGACAUCAAGGCCCACAAGGCCCAGCUGCUGCGCUUCGUGGCCAACUCCGACUCCAGCCAGGCGCUGGAGCAUCGCCGCACGCUGCACACGCCCAAGCUGGAGCACCUGGACCGCGUGCUCUACCAGUGGUUCCUGGCGCGGCGCGCCGAGGGCGUGCCCGUGUCGGGCCCCAUGCUCAUCGAGAAGGCCAAGGACCUGUACGGGCAGAUGCGGCUCAGCGAGCCCUGCGUGUUCUCCGGGGGCUGGCUCUGGCGCUUCAAGGCCAGGCACGGCAUCAAGAAGCUGGACGCGUCUGGCGAGAAGCAGGUGGCUGACCGGCGCGCGGCCGAGCAGUUCUGCGGCUUCUUCAGGAGCCUGGCGGCCGAGCACGGGCUGUCGCCCGAGCAGGUGUACAGCGCCGACGAGACCGGCCUCUUCUGGCGCGGCCUGCCGAGCCCCGGCCCGGAGGCCAAGCAGGCCAGGGACCGGCUGAGCGUCCUCGUGUGCGCCAACGCCACGGGCUCGCACCGGAUCAAACCCUUGGCCAUUGGCAGGUGUGGCGGCGCCAGGGCCCGCCGGGGCGUCCAGCAGCUGCCGCUGGCCUACAGGGCCCACAGCAGCGCCUGGGUGGACUGGUUCCAUCACAUCUUCGCGCCGGCCGUGAGGGAACACUUCAGGGCCUCGGGCCUGCCGGCCGACAGCAAGGCCGUCCUCCUGCUGGACAGCUCCCGGGCCCCCCCGCAGGAACCCCAGCUGGUGUCCGACAACAUCUUCACCGUCUUCCUGCCGCCCGGCGCGGCCGCGCUGCUGCAGCCCAUGGAGCUGGGCAUCCGCAGGGACUUCCUGGAGCGCUGCCUGCGCGCCCCCGCGCGCCCCGGGCCCGGCGCGGGCGAUGCCAUGGGCCACGUGGUCUGCGCCUGGAACGCCGUGCCGGGCCAGGUGUUCCGGCGCGCCUGGAGGAAGCUGUGGCCCGCCGUGGCCUUUGCCGAAGGCUCUUCCGAGGAGGAGGAGGAGGAAGAGGAGGCAGAGCCGGAGGGGGAGGUGGAGGCGGAGGCCGAGCCCGAGCGGGAGGGGGCGGACCGGCACUUCUGCGCGGCCAAGCCGCACAAGACUUUGGCGCACAUCCUGGAGCUCGUGAGAGCCGGCCCGGCCUGCCCCGACGGCCCACUGCAGGGGAGGGAGGCCCAGGAGUGGGGCACGGCCGAGAGGGAGGCGGUGGAGGCGCGCGUCCCUGCAGGCGCGGAGAACGCAGAGCGAGUGGGCGACGACGAGGCGGCCUGGGAGCGCGCGGCCCUGGCCUUCGCCGCGCUGCUGGGCUUCGCCGAGGGCCAGCCCUGCUUCACGGCGCAGGAGCUGGGGCAGCUGUGUGCACUGCACUCGGUGUUCCGGAGGCAGCGGCAGCUGCGGCGGUGCCCCGGCGCGCCCAGAGCCGCGGUUAAGGUGGAGGCCCUGCAGGAGCGCCCGGGCGCCUGCUCGCCGUCGCCCGCUGCCCAGGAGGACUGAGGUCAGGGCGCCCUAGCACUCGGUCCCUGUCGCUCAGAGCGGCCGGCCAGCGUCCCCGGCAGCACGCGUCACAUCGCGUGGCCACGCGUGGUGCCUGAGGCGGGCCUGGCGGGAGCCCCCGGGCCUCGUGCUGCGGACGGGAGUUCCGUGCGGGAGGAGAGCUCUCGGACCCGUGGUGUGGCCCUCGCACCCCCAGGCAGGCUGUCUGGGAGGGCCCGGGACACUGGCGGCCACUCCCAGGGCAGGUGCCAAGGGCUGGGCGGGGUCCUGGCUGAUGUCCCCGUACGAGCCGUGUUGCCGAGACAGCUGCACUGGAGCGCGCCCUGCUGCCGGCCCUCGCUCUCACCCUUCCUGUGGCCACGUGGGCCUGGCGUGGCCGGGCCAGGCUGGGUCAUACGCGCUCAGCGUGCACUGUUCAGCCCCCAGGACCACGGUCCCCGGCUCCCACUGAGUCAGCUGUGGGCAUGUUGCGGGAGGACAUGUGACCCCCUGUCCACGUUGGCCUGGGAGCUGGGCCUGGCCUCGCCCUGGGUGACCGUGACGGGAGGGCGGGGUGCGUGAGAAGCUCCUUCCGCGAGAACUUGGAUGGCGCCCUGGCCGCCGAGGCCUUGGGGUCGUCACCGCAGCGUCGCCGUGUGUGCCACGGGGACUGGGAGCGGCGUGCGGCGGCUCCCCCGUGCCCCGCCUCCCGACACAGGGUGCUGGCCGCGCCGGGACUGCCGAGACUGCGCGGACAGUGGGGCGCAGGGGAGGGGACGCGGCGUGGGCGGCGUUUGUGGGCUGCGGGGGCGGCGGCCGUGCCCCAGCCACCCUCCCAGGUCCCCUGCGAUGGUUUGUCCCAUGCACUCUGCAGCCCUCACGGCCGUGUUGUGGCCGGGAAUAAACGAUUUUGCCGGGA